AUGCGCUUCUUUAGUUCAUUCUUGACAAUAAUAUUUAUAUUAAUAGAAAUUAGCCAAUCAUUUAAAAUCAUGAAGAUUGUUGUAGAAAAGACAAGUGGGUUAAAUGCUGUGGAUAAAAAUUUUAAACCUAAAUAUUUUAUAAAAAAUAAAUUAAGAUUUGUAUCUCCAUAUGUUUAUACAUAUAAAUUGUUUGCCAAAAAAAGAUGGUUUGGAAAAAAUAUAGUGGAUGUUUUAGCUUUUGAAUUUUGUGCAUAUAAUACGGAUUACUUUUUAGAAUCAAUAAAAAAGGGAUAUAUAAAAGUUAAUAAUAAAAAUAUAACUAAUGAUUAUAUAAUUAAAAGUAACGAUUUUAUUGAGCAUAAAUUAUUAUUAUUUGAAAAACCAGUUUUAUAUAAUAAAAUAAUAAUUUUGUAUGAAGAUGAAAAUUUUAUUUGUGUAAAUAAAGUGGCUAGUAUGCCUACUCAUCCAGUUGGCUCAUAUCAAUAUAACUCUCUUCUAAGAAUUUUACAAAAUUAUAUUAUUCAAUCUGGAAAAAAAGAAACUGAAAAUGAACAUGACAAUGAAAUAGACGAUGUUGUUAAAAUUGAUCUUAAUUUAAAAAAAAAUAAUUUUAAUGUUUUGGAUACAAUAUAUACACAAUGGGAGGAAAGAAAAGAAAAAUUGAAACUUAAAUCGUCAAAACAAAUUUUGAAUAACGAUAAUUAUGAAGAUGUAAAUCAAGGAAAUGGCCCAAAAAAAAAAAAGAAAAGAAAAAAUGAUCAUAAUAGCCAAAAUUAUCUGAACGAGUCAGGUAAUUUUAAUAAAAAAUUGGCUACAAAUGAUAACGAAAAUAAAACAGAGCAUUUAUCCAACUCUCACAAUAUAAUAAAUGCAAAUGAAAUAAACGAAGACUCAUCUAUACUUAAUAAUGAAUUGAUAACAAAUGUCAAAUCUAACAUUUUGAAAAGGGAAAAGAAUGUAGACCUUGAAAAUGGAGAAUCUUCUAUCAAUUUACAUGAUAAUAACAAAUUUUUUAAAGAGAAAUAUAAACAAAUAAAUACCACAUUAAAUAAAUAUAAACAUAAUGAAAUAGAAGAAGAUAAUAGCAAAGAUGAUUCUUAUAUUUAUACAUUACAUAGAUUAGAUAAAUUAACAUCAGGGAUUGUACUAUUUGGAAAAAAUAAAAAAUUUUCUACAAUAUUUUCGGAAUAUGUGUGUAAUAAUAAAAUAACGAAAUCUUAUAUAGCACGUGUAGAAGGCGAUUUUCGAGAUUUAAUUAAAAAGUUGAUUAAUGAAAAUAAAAUAUUAAAAGGUGAUGAUAAUAAUAACGAAGAUAAUGAAAUAAAUAAAUUAUUUGAAGAAUAUUGCAAAAAUAACGGAAUAAAAAACGAUGAUAUAUAUCAAUUUAAUGGUGAUUAUCCUGGUGAUUCAUUUAAAAAUGAUAUAUUUUUGUAUCGUAAUAAAUAUAAAAAUGAAAAAUAUAAUGAUAAAAAUAAAGAAAUUUAUUUAAGAAACUUAAUUAAUUCUAUAAAUAAAAAUAGUAAAUAUAUAGACGAACUUUUUGAUAUGUCAAAAUUUGAAGAUGUCCAGAUGAAUAAUGUUCAAAAUGCUGAGUUAGACGCUGAAAAUCAAAAAAAAAUAGACGAAGAUUUUGAAAUGUAUCAUAAAUAUUUUGUUAUAGAUUUUGGGUAUAUGUAUUGUGAAGAUAAAAAAUUGUUAAAAUAUGUUUUUACAAAAUAUAAUAAAAAAAAUUAUCAAAUUUCUAAUCAAUAUUCUAUAAAACCUAGUGUAACUAGAUUUAUGUUUUUAUCAUAUAAUUAUCAAUUUAAUGAGUCACUUAUAUUAUGUCAGCCAAUGACUGGAAGGACCCAUCAAAUUCGAACCCAUCUUAAAAGUUUGUCUUUCCCUAUAUCAAAUGACUCACAUUAUAAUCCAAACUUUGAAAAGAAAUACAUGACAAAAACAGAAAAAUUACAUUUUGAAGAUCAAAAAAAUGUUAAAAGUAAUAAUAUAGAAAAAUAUUCAUACUUUCCACUUAUUCCUUUUAUGAACACCUCAUUUAAUUGGCUAUACAAUGACAGUAUAAAUUUAAAUAACAUAGAUAAUGAAGAAAGUUUAAAUAAUUAUUUUUUUAAAAAUCUUAAUAUUUGUACUUAUCAUAGUUCAGGUAUUUUUCUACAUUCAUUUAGAUAUACUUGGGAUCAAGUAUUCGAUAUUUUUACUCUUUUUCCAAAGUGGUGUAAUUUAUUUUAUAUUCCAAAAUCCAUUUUGAUAUUUUUGUUAUAUGGAUGUUUGUCAACAAUUAGUCAAAAUUAA